AUGAUUCCCCAGAUCGACCAGCAGCUCAACACUCCGUAUGGUGUGCUCAUGUUCGCCCCGCCCUUCACCAAGAUGCGCGAAGAUAUCGGCCGCGUCACGCAAAAGGCCAUUGGGUCGGCCGAGAACGGCGCCGUCUACAACCAUGCCGGAGCCUUUUACAUCUGGUCCCUCUACAAGCUGGGCAACCAGCCCGACCGGGCUUACACCCAUCUUCGUCAAAUGAUCCCCGGUCCCAGCGAGGCCGACUACUUCCAGCGCGGCCAGCUACCCGUCUACAUCCCCAACUACUACCGCGGUGGCUGGCGCGAAUUCCCCCGGACCGCAGGCCGCUCGAGCCAGUUGUUUAACACAGGGACCGUAUCAUGGGUGUACCGGUGCGUGAUUGAGGGGCUGUGUGGGUUACGCGGGGAUGAUGAUGGUCUCUGGGUCCGGCCACAGUUGCCAAGUACAUGGGAUAGGAUGAGGGUGACGCGUGUCUUCCGGGGUGCGACGUUUGUUGUGGAAGUAAGGCGCGGGGAUGUUGAUACGGUUGUCGUCAAGGUCGGCGACCUCAUCUUGCAUGAGCCGAAGGUGACCGACUUCCGGGCGGGUGAGACGGUUAAGGUUGAGGUAGUGGUGCCGCAGUAG